CGGUGUCUGCAGCGCAAGCAGAAAUGAAAUAAGCCCAUCCUGAUUUUCAUUUAUUUCAUUUUUUUACACCCCUCGUCCAGCACAAAUGUCUAUUUCAUGCCACCAUCGAUGUAAAUCUGCGUGGAGACAGCUGGCGAAGCUACUGGAAUUCUACGCGCGGUUUGAGCAAGUGGUUUGCCGAGUGUGUUGGAAACAUCGCCCCGGCCGAGAGGAGAUCUGAGUGGAGGGAGCGCGGCGGUCCUCCUCCCAUUGAUCAGCCUACGCUGCCGCUGCUGGUGUGAAACAGCCUCGCUAGCAUCACCACAACUAGCUAUGGACAUCCACCACGGAUAUUCCUGAAAAAGUCUUAUCAAGCUGUGUAGCCGCGUCGCACUGGCCUUCAGUAUGCCAGAUGGAUGGUGCUCUUUGAGGCUUGUCGGUGCCUGAAAUCAAAGGCCUCCGUUAUUCCGUCUGGACCUUUCUUGGCAGGGGAGAUCCGUUCCAUCUCAACCCGACAAGCUUUAGCGUUUUUUCCGCGCCGCGUCCCCGGUCUCAGUGAAGACGAGGGUUUUCCUUCCAUGACAAUAUCAAGCAUAUUUACCUACAUCAAUUAAAGGACUUUUAAUACAUCUGGUAUCUUAUAUGGGAUUCAUAUCGGCGACAGAAGAGCGGGCCUGAGCCAAAAUGGUGAACUGGAGGCGGCUGCUGCGAGUGUCCAACCGCUCGUUUCUGGCCUUCUUUUUUUUCUUCUCCAUGUCCACUACAUGCCUCUACUUCAUUUACGUGGCUCCAGGAAUAGCCAACACAUACUUUUUCAUGGUGCAAGCUCAGGGCAUGAUGUUGAGGGACAAUGUGAGGACCAUUGGCCAGAUGAUCAGACUGUACACAAAUAAGAACAGCACACUCAAUGGCACUGACUACCCUGAUGGCAAUAACUCCAGUGAAUACCUGGUCCAGCCCACCACAUACCUCCCUGAGAACUUCACCUAUGCCCAAAACCUCCCCUGUCCAGAAAGAUUACCUUCUAUGAAGGGGCCUAUGGAAGUUAACAUGACAGAAAUACCAUUAGAGGAGUUGAAAUUGAAAUUCUCCAAUUUUGGGGGCCACUGGAAACCAAAGGACUGCAAACCACGCUGGAAGGUGGCCAUCCUGAUUCCAUUCAGAAAUCGCCACGAACAUCUCCCCAUCCUCUUCCAACACCUCACGCCGAUGCUGCAAAGACAACGGCUGCAGUUUGCCUACUACGUCAUCGAACAGACUGGAAGCCAGCCGUUCAACAGGGCCAUGCUGUUCAAUGUGGGUUUUCUGGAGGCGAUGAAGGACCUGGACUGGGACUGCCUUAUUUUCCAUGACGUUGACCACAUCCCAGAGAACGACCGUAACUACUACGGCUGUGGGCAGAUGCCGCGCCACUUUGCUGCCAAGCUGGACAAAUACAUGUACAUACUUCCCUACAGCGAGUUCUUUGGUGGUGUGAGCGGUCUUACUGUGGAGCAGUUCCGUAAGAUCAAUGGCUUUCCCAAUGCAUUCUGGGGCUGGGGGGGAGAGGAUGACGACUUGUGGAACAGGGUGCACUAUGCUGGUCUGAAUGUCACGCGGCCGGAGGGAGAAAUUGGAAAGUACAAAUCAAUUCCACAUCACCACAGAGGAGAGGUGCAGUUUUUAGGGAGGUAUAAACUGCUGAGGUAUUCGAAAGAGAGACAGCACCUGGAUGGCCUCAACAACCUUCACUACAGCCCGGAGAUCUCCCUCAGCAGCCUUUACAAAAACAUUACCAUUGACCUUCACCCCCAGCUCGCCCCCAUCGCAGACUACUGAGCUGCUCCCCACCACCCGGCUCGCACUGGUCCCCCUCCCCGGCUUCCCAGUGCCGUUGACACCAUCUAGAAUCGGACUCCUAGCGUAGCGGGGUGAGGAGGUGGGAGGGUCGGGGUUUGUCGGGGGGUUGCAGCUGGUGAGGAGGCACACCGUGUACUGCUGCCAAGAAACCGUAAGAGAAAACCAUCAAAACAAAAAAAGAAAAGUGGGGAAAACGACAGAGGCCAUGUCCGAUGUUUAAAGUGAACAACUGUGUGUAUCUGUGUGUGUGUGUGUGUGUUGGCAGGACUGCCAGCAGUUCAUUUUGGGGCUGUGUGUACUGUGAGUGAAUGAAGUGUGGGUGCAGGUGAGUGAAUGGGUGAGUGAACUUGUGCAGCUGCAUGUCUUAUGUGCUGGCUUUAGCUAUUAAACUUCAUGGCACCUGAUGAGGUACAGGGAGAGGCGACAUCCCAGCACUGAUGUUUACUCCAAAGCCUUAACGUGGCAGGCCUCGAACCCGACUCCCCCGGCUCGGCUCCGCAGUGCUUCACUUCUGAUAUCUCCAUGUCACCUUACAAGCCAACUGACGAGUUUUGUCUGAAUUUCUAUUUCUGUUUUACAUGCCUUUUUGUGAAGAUGAAAUAACCCUUCAAAGGGGGGGGGUAUAAGCGAAGGUGACUUAAAUGUCUGUGACGUGCAUUUCUUUUUUUAAACACUUAAUUUAUUUUCUCUAAUGGAUGUGUUGAAGAAACACCCUGUCUUUGUUA